AUGCGUGGGCUUUUCACUCUUUCUUUGCUUUCUGCGGCGCUGGGCGCCUCUGCCGGCUUGACCGCAUCCAACCUCGAGACUCAUGUCGAUGUGCUGGCACUCGACAACUCCUUCAACCCGAUCGAAGCCGCUUACUGGACUAGCUUGGCGCAUCACCGUCGGACUCCUUUUGCGGUUUCUCCCAACGGCAAGACGGCCUAUUUGGCCUACCUCGAUUCGAGCGGAACCGACGUCCAUGUCACCGAGCUGGACCCUACCACUUUCAAGGCCACGGGCACUUCCGUGACGGUCAGUGCCGGUGGCCUCGUUGCCCACGAUGACGGCUUCGCUCUGUUGACCAACGAGGUGAUGCCCUCUGGCACCACCAAUGCGCCUCCCAGCGACACCCCCGUCCCGGUCUUGCACCGUUACACGAAUGGCAAGCAGACCUGGAAGACCUGGCUCGGUGGCCCCGACGUGCACGCCUCCGAUGGUCUGGCCGAGGCGGUGGACAUGAACGGCGACCUGGUCUACUCGGAAGAGGCGGGGAUGUACGGGGCCUACUUUGUGGUCAGUGACUACUCCGGCUGGGCCGAGGGCCACUACGGCGACAGCAUCGAGUACGUGGCCACCAACGGAACUUUGUUGGACAUCAGUGGGGCCUCCAGCGCCUGGGGCUGCAGUCACAACACCGGCAUUGCCUUCGAGGCGGCCGACGAGCCUCCCUUCGCCAGUAUCUGUGCGGAGGACCAGGGUGCCAUCUGGCUGAACACCCAGACUCAGGGCAUGACCAACAACGGGGUCAAGAUCUCCAACGAAAACACCACCAACGGGGCCUCGGGCGAGCCCAUGGGUGGCAUGUCCGGCAGCUACAGCGGCCUGGCGCGCUUUGCCGACAGCAGCCGCUACAUCUUCACCUGGGUGUCGCGGGGUGCGAUCGAUGUGACGGAGAACAGCUGGAUGGGCGAUGGAUACACCCACGUCAACAACCGCACCAACCCGCGCAACGUCGCCCUGGCGCUCUUCUCCGACAAGUACACCAAGGUGGGCGCCCAGGCGACCUCAACUGUGGGCGCCGAGGAUGGGGACAGCCAAGUGACCUGGGUCACCUCGGGCUCCAACGACUGCUCCAACGCCCAUACCGCCACCUUCGGGAACAGCUCGGCCCUGAUCACCUGGGAGGAGAUUUCCGAUCCGACCUGUGACUACAUUGCCAUGGGCUGCCAGGGCAAAUUCGCCGGCACCUACUUCCAGCAGGUGGAUGCGAGUGGGCAGAAAGUGGGGGAUGCUUUCUCCAGCACCGAUGUCUACAUUGCGGGUGACAUGGUGACCAUGUCCGACGGUCGCAUUUGCUGGCCGUAUGUGAGCAUGGACUGGGAUCUGUCCGUGGUGGUGUAUGAGGCCGACUCUUCCAAGUUCACCAAGCAGAUCAGCUUUGCCUGCAUGUCGCCUAGCGGCAGCUCCAGCUCCAGCAGCUCGUCGAGUGCUGCUGCUGCUUCUAGCACGGUUGCUAGUGUCUCUACUACUCAAGCCGCGGCUGCUGCUACUUCCAGUGCGGCUGCUGUCUUUGUGGAGACCACCGCAGCUGCAGCUGCCGCUGCAGAGACCAACGUUGCUCACACGGCCGUGGUCAGUUCCAUGACUCCUGUCGCCACAGAGGCCAAGGUCGCCUCUUCCAGUUCCACCAGCCAGCCUCCCAGCUGGGCUACCGCCGCCGGUCAACGGACCACUCUCGCCACUCAGGGUCACUCCAAGACCUCCUCCGUCAAAUCUUGGCCGACUGGGGGUUGGGAAGAGGGAAGUGCGCCCCAGUGGCAACAACCCUGGUCGGAGGAGCAGGAGGGCAGUUGCUCGUACUAGGACAUGAUCCGCUGCUAGCAUGAAUCAGGUAGUCGAUAAUCGGGGGAGAAAAGAAAGGCCAAUUAGAUGGAGGGGCACGCGCUGGUUUCAUAGCUGAAACUCAUUUUGUCUCUUUACACGGUAGUAUCAAUUGCCACAAAGUCCAAGCGACUCAGGCGAGUGUUGAAGAACUCUUUGCCAGCGGGCCUUUGGCAG